AAUUUAGCUUCUGUACGGUUGGGUGUGUGGUCAGUCACUAGAAAACAUGGAGUCCGAAACCAAGUAUCUGCCCGAGCUGAUGGCCGAGAAGGACAGCCUGGACCCGUCUUUCACACAUGCUAUGAGCCUGCUGUCGAGCGAAAUUGAAACACUAAAGAAGGGAGGUGAACCCAAAAAGGAUGAAGAGGACACCUAUUUAGACUUGUUUUCUCACAAGAACAUGAAGCUGAAGGAGCGAAUUUUGAUUCCAGUCAAACUGUACCCCAAGUUUAACUUUGUUGGCAAGAUUUUGGGCCCUCAAGGAAAUACCAACAAAAGACUGCAGGAACAAACUGGAGCAAAAAUCUCUGUGUUGGGAAAAGGAUCGAUGCGGGAUAAGGCCAAGGAGGAAGAACUACGAAAGGGUGGGGACCCGAAAUAUGGUCACUUAAACAUGGACCUUCAUGUUUUCAUUGAAGUUUUUGGGCCACCUUGUGAGGCAUAUACCCGAAUGGCACAUGCUAUGGAGGAAGUAAAGAAGUUCUUGGUACCGGAGCAAUUUUUUGAGCUGUCAUAUCUGAAUGGAGCCCCAACAGAGGCAGCCCGUGGAGGAAGAGGAGGGCCUGUCCGUGGCAGAGGAGUACCACCUUCUGCAGCUCCACCAGCAAGAGGAAGAGCUGGUGCUAUACGUCCUCUUGUUCCAAGAGGAGCCCCAGGAAGAGGAGCAAUUUCACGCGGUGCUAGUGUUAGCCGAAGUGUAGCACCUUCUGGUAGGGCUUGUGCUGGUUCAAUUCAAAGGAUCUCUCUUCCACCACCUGCACCUGAAGCCUAUGAUGACUAUGGCUAUGAUGAUGCAUAUGCAGAGCAAAGCUAUGAAGCUUACGAGAGUUAUUAUAGCCAGAGCCCAGGAGAUACAGAGUAUUAUGACUAUGGGCACGGCGAGGGUCCGGAGUCUUAUGAAAGUUAUGGGCAAGACAAUUGGAAUGGUUCCCGGCCAUCUUUGAAAGUACCAUCUUCUCACCCUGCUAAAGGCAGUGCCUACAGAGACCACCCAUACAGACGUUUCUAAGAUUUCCACUCAUCCAAUUAUUUCUGAUAUCUUGUGUCCAAGGACUUCCUGUUCCUUAUCCCACAUCACAAGUAAAUUCUCUGUGCUCUGUGACUCCUUUUCCUCUUCCAUCCAUACUCCCUUAAUCAAACCAGACCUCUCCCUCAUAGGAGCGCUUUUAAAAUUGGUGAAGGCAAAAUAUCCAUUUGAGGAUAUUUAGACCCAUUUUAUUUUCGUUGUUAACAAAACACAAAAGGAAAAAAUAACUUUAAAACGUUAAUGCUUUUUCAUGUAAAAUGAGUUAAAUAGUAUGGAAAGUGACUUUGUUUGACAUUGAAGGUUUCUAACAAAAAGUUUAGUGUUAGCUGUAGACUCUGUCCUGAACUAAGCUGCAUUUCAAUAUUCCAUAUUUUUAUU